CGCGCGCCCGCGGGCGCUCAGAACGUGUCGCUGGCGACUGUGUGUCCACCCGGACCACUCUGGGUCAUGGAGCCGCGUGCGGGGGGCACCACGGACCCUAGGGGGAGCAGAGGAGGCCGCUGCGCUCCCCAGCGAGCCAGCCCCAGCGCCCGGCAGCUCCUGUCGCGGCUGGACGCGCGCCCCCUUGCGGCCCGGGCUGCGGCGGACGUGGCGGCGCUGGUUCGCAGGGCGGGUGCCACAUUGCGCCUGCGUCCCAAGGACGCCAUUAACGAGCUGGAUUCUGCGGACAUAGAGGUCACGGACAGUCGCUUGCCUAAUCCCACUUUCAUGGAACAACGGCCUCAGCAUCAUCAGUCAGAGACCUUGGGUACAUGCAUGGCGCCAUCCCAAGUGACUCAGUUUAAGGCACAUUGUGCUUCAAAGCCACCUCAGGCCUCUAGUCGGUUCUGUGUGGAGCUGGUUCGUGGUUCUGCAGGCUUUGGCCUCACACUAAGUGGAGGCCGAGAUGCAGGCACAGACACUCCACUGGCAAUACGUGGGCUCCUGAAGGACGGGCCGGCACAGCGCUGUGGUCGUUUGCAGCCCGGUGACCUUGUGCUCCAUGUCAAUGGAGAGUCAACUCAGGGCCUUACCCAUGCCCAGGUUGUGGAGCGAAUUCGCACAGGUGGGUCCCGGCUCCACCUCGUGCUGAUCAGACCUCUUGAUACCCACCCCAGCAAGCCUGAGAUGGAGGGAAGACCUCGGAAAGGAGACGAUUGCAGCCCAGAUCCUGGGGGACCAGAGGUGAUGAGAUCUAGGGCCAGCGCCUCCCCGCUUCAGCAGCCUCAAUCCUGCACAACACCCAAGACCUGGGGCAGCCCAGAACCUAGCCCAGAGCGGGCAGCUGACAGCCACACUGUUCCUCCUCUUGAGCUCCGCCCCAGGGACACCGACCACCAAUCCCCGGGUUCCCCAGGACCCUGGCUGGUGCCUAGCCAGGAACGGCUCUCCCAGGCCCUAGGUGUCCCAGGGGCCACACAGCUUGCUCUGGAGAUGGCAGCUGGAAGGCGGAGGCACUGAGCAUCAGCUAACAUCUGAUGGCUGCGUGUUCACCUGGUACUGCCUCACUUGAAUCUGGCCUGCUCCAUCAGCCAUGCAUUAGCACUGCAAGCAGAACCACCACUUGGCCUUGUCCCCCCUCCUGCUGCACAGUCGACCAGCCCAAACUCCCCUCGUGGUGUCAGUGGCACAGCCCUUCCAGACUUGCCAGCCUGGCGUUUCGGGGUGGGGAGGUAAUAAAUCUGCCGAUCUGUCUUGACUUGCCAAGGUACUCUAGGCUGGGUGGGGCUCCCAAGUCCACCCAGCAAAGGAGGGGGAGGGUCAAUCCUGUUUUGAAGAGGGCCUCUUCUUGAAAUCACUAAUAAAUGCUGUUUCUUUCAUGCUC